GUUAUAUCGUCCAAAAGAGAAAAUAGUUUGUUCCUUGAGGAAAGGAAAUCGUUUAUAACAAAAGUUGAAAUCGAUAAAGGAAUACACAUAGGUAAAAUACUGCCAUGAGUAAUAGUCCUAGUAGUGGAUAUAUGACAGCCGAUACUGUUAAUUCACUGUAUGACACUGAUGUUGAUACCCACCCUGAUGUUAUAUAUGAUGAGUACAAAAACUUGGAGGAAGUGACCGAAGCAAUAAGGAAACAGGGCCUAGAAUCAUGUCAUAUGAUAUUUGGGAUUGAUUACACUGUUAGCAGCAAUAGAACGGGGGAAAAGACGUUCGGAGGUAAAUGUUUGCAUGCGAUGAAAGAGACCGGCCUUAACCCAUACCAAACGGUUAUCUGCAUUUUUGGUGAAACUCUUGAACCGUUCAAUCGAGGAGAAAAUAUUCCUGUGUUUGGAUUCGGAGACAGCAAAUGUAAAGACAAGUCUAUAUUUGAACUUAAACCAGGGGAGCAAUUAGGAACUGCUAGUCAUAUAUUAGCUGCUUACAAUGAGGUCACACCUACAAUAACGCUUGGGGGACCAACGCAAUUUACCCCUCUGAUAUAUGCAGCUAUCGAUGUAGUCAAAGAAACAAAAGAGGUACAUUCAAACAUCAAUUCAUAUGUUUAAGUGUUAUAAUAUCAU